AAAAAUAAAAAUUACGAAUUCACAAGAAAAUUAAAUUAAACAAUUACAAAAAUAACCCAAGUGUGUCAAUGAUAUACAAACAGCCAAAGGUCAUGCACCCAAACCCAUGUGGCGAAGGAGGGGGUUAUGUUUACGAUGGCCUCUCAUCGCCUCGAAAAAAAUAGCAACACUUCCUGCCUAACUGACCGGCAAAUUAGGCAGCCAACCCCCUCAAGCAAAAUAAAACGUUUGACAAACUGCGACACGUUUAAUAUGGCAUUAUUGCGAAUUUAAUUAGAGUCAUCGAAGUUAUAACGAAAUAAAGAUCCGUUACGAAAUUUCUACGCGGGAGCCUAGUUGAGGUGGUUUUGUUUCGGACUGAAAUGGCGGCUCUCCCAAAGCGAAAAUACACCUCAGAAUAUGGGGACAUUUAGGAAGGAUGUUCAAUGGAAUUGUGACUAUUAUCAUAAUGUUCUUGCAUGGUUUAAAAGUUAAUACAUAUGAAUGGAGCAAUUUGAAAUUACCUUCAGAGCACAUACCCUUCUUUUUUAAAAAUAAUAAAGAUCUACUAAUCUUGUGUGAAAAGGAUGAAACAUGCUUAUUUAAGGAUUUUAUCAAUAAAACUGGAUGUUGGGGCUAUGAGAAAUCAUGCGACAAAAAGGAUCGCUACAGCAGACAUUAUUGUCCAGAGGAUAGCCGUAAUUGGGCCAAAUCCAAGUCGGAGCAGGAAGAAAAAUUUUGGCUAACAGCAGAUUUUGGCAUGAUUGCAGAAAGACAAAGGGAACUCACUCUUCUCUGCAAGCCCCAGUUAAAGAAAGAUUCAAGUCUUGAGUGCUCAAAGUACCUAAGAUAUUGUAGAGCUAAGAAUAUUUACUUUGACUUUUCCUCUGCAAAUAUUGUGAAUAGCAAUAACAGAAAUCGAUAUCGAGAAGAUGUGAUAAGACCUGGCCAGGUAGGGGGCCACUGUCAGUUAGAUGUGAAAGCUUUAAAGUCAGAAGGAGAGCACAAAAGUCCUUUACAGUCAUGGUUUGCUGAAUUAGAACACUUUACAGCCACUGAUUUUUACCCGUUAGAGGGGAAUCAGUGUGAGCUGGUGUUUGACAAACCUACUUACCUGAUUAAGUUAGAUGCUGGGAUCAACAUGUACCAUCAUUUCUGUGACUUCGUCAAUCUCUAUGCAUCACAACAUAUCAACAACUCCUUUAACACAGAUGUCAACAUUAUUAUGUGGGACACAAGUCCAUUGCCGUAUGGAGAUUUUUUUAGCGUCACUUGGAAAGCCUUUACAGAUCACCCAGUGAUAGCUUUAAAAGAUUUGGAUGGAAAAAAGGUGUGUUUUAAAGAUGCUGUUUUUCCUCUUCUUGCAAGGAUGAGAUUUGGUCUAUACUACAAUAUGCCACUGAUACCAGGCUGCUUUGGUAGCAGUUUAAUCAAGGCUUUUAGUGAACACAUUCUUCACAGGCUCAACAUUACUCAGCAGGGACCAUUAAAAAAAAAAAUUCGUAUUACUUUACUUGUGCGUGGAACUCAAUACAGAAAAAUAUUAAACCAAGUAGAGUUGUCUUCUGCUAUGAAAAUGGAUGGGGAAUUUGAAGUAGUGGUUGUUGAUUAUAAUGGGAAAGUUCCCUUUGAGAGACAACUUGAGACAACACACAACAGUGAUAUCUUUAUUGGGAUGCAUGGCUCAGGGCUCACUCAUCUGCUCUUUCUACCAGAUUGGGCUGUUGUCAUAGAACUAUAUAACUGUGAAGAUCCUGGCUGCUACUAUGACCUGGCUCGUCUGAGAGGAAUCAAGUAUAUGACAUGGGAAAGAAAAGAAAAACUAGUCCAAGAAGAUGAGGGUCACCAUCCAACCCUUGGAGCACAUGCCAAAUUUACCAAUUAUGCUUUUGAUGUCAAUGAAUUUAUGAGGUUAAUUUAUGUAGCAGCGGAUCAUGUGCGCAGCCACCCGAAGUUCAUCACAGCCAGGCAGUCUCAGAAUGGGCAGCAGCAAGAAAGUGAUCUAAAUAUUUCACAGAAAAUAGAGCUUUAACUUUCAUUGUUGUCAUAGGGUUUAGUUAUCAAGCAAUAUUAAGGCAGCAUUAUUUUAGUUUUAAUGUGUACAAAUAUGAUUAUAGUUUAAGAUCUGAACCAGUUUGAUUUUUAUGAAUGGGCUGUGAAAUCAAUAUUAGCAACAACCAUGUGUGUUAUUAUGGGAUGGUAUGAUCUGAUGGUAUAGUGCAUGGCUGCUAACCAAAGUCUUGAGUUUGGAAACCAGGCUCUACUGGGUACCUGAUUCAUGUUAGAGAAAGUAAAGGCGGCUGGGCUUAGUGCUGACCACACUAUCCAUUCAUGUUCCAAGGUGACAGAAACUGCUGGUCCAUGGGGCAGAUGAAGUAAACUGCACCAUGGACUACCAGGUCUGAAAGGGAAACUACAUUUUAUGAGUAGCAGAUAUGAGGAGAUUAGAAAUCUUAAAAAAUAAAACGCCUUCUAAUGUUGUCAGUUAAUUAGUGACAUUUGUAGAUAGCAGUGGUUUUUACAGGGGGUGUAACUAUUUUUGGGUUAAAUUUGGAAAAGUCUGUUUUAAAUAAAUGUAUUAAAUAUGUGUUACUGAUGGAAGCAUUGGGAAGUUUUAUUUUUCUUCAGUAAAAUAAAAAUCUGCUCCAUUACUAUCUUUUUAAGAAAUAAUUUUACACCUUUUUAUUUUACAUACAUAUUUUUUAGUUUUGAUAUUAUUUCUAAUAGUGAUAUUACCUCUGCUGUAUAUACCAAAGUAUUAUAUGUUCAGGUAGUCACUAAAUUGUAAAGAGGGUAUGUUGGAAUGGUUUCUGUACUUAUAAAUGUUUAUGCAAUUUAUUUUUUCUUUACAGAUGUUAUCAUUAAAAACAAUUGCUAUACUA